GCUAUUCACGCUUCUCUCCUCAACACACACGCCUACAAAUGAUCAAUUCUUGUUAGUUUCUCUGUUUCUGAGUGACUUCCGACAGCUAUUGUACUGUAUAUUUACUAAUGAAUAGGGAAAACGUGUAUUAGCCGCCAUCAUCGAUUUUUACUGAAAUUGUAACAUUAUUACUUUUUUCUCUCUAUUUUCUAUAAAUUACCUUUUUUUUAUUUUCUGGCUGUUCAAUUCUGAAAAUAUUCGGACUCACAUACCUUAAUCUGUAUCUUUUUAUUUAUUGAAUUUUACUACUCCUAAUUAUUUUGUCGGCGUCCAAUUCAUUUCUUGUUCACUAUGUCGGACUCGUCAAUUAACGAGAGAACUCCUCUAUUUUCCAAUCAGGCUGUCAACAGGGCCUUUCGGUCGCGAUCCAAUUCACUCGUUAGCACGCCAAGUCAGAGUUUAUUGAGACAACCGACUAGUGCUGGUUCACAGCCUCCUUCUCCAUCGCAACGCGACUCGCCUUCUUCCGUUGCCAACUCCUCUAAAGACCGAUACAUCUCUCCUGUUUACGUACUCCCUCUUAACUUCAUCAAUGCGUUCGCCUGGGCGUUAAUUGAUAUUCCGCUGUUGUAUCUUCUUAGGCAACAGACAUGUGCUCAAAUUUUGCACACAAGCCCCAGGGACCUGUUGCCUGAUGAUGAGCGAUGUCGAUUGCCCAGUGUUUCUUCUCGCGUUUCGAAAUUUCGAGCCCUGUUCAGUUCCCUCGCUGCGUCUUUGGGACUUCUCGCAACUGCUUACUAUGGAACCGUAAGCGACAAUCGUGGUCGUAGACAUGUGCUUAUCAUUGCGAGUUUUUUCUUGCUCCUUGGUGAUGUUUGCUUGCUGGUACAAUCACUCGUUCCCAUGUCGCCUACGGCGGUGUUGAUAUGCGCCCUUUUCAAAGGUGCAGGUGGAUAUGUUUCUACGGUUCUUGCUGCGCAAAACUCGUUUGUGGCAGACUGUUCACAGAAUCGAUACCGUGCUUGGUACCUUGGAUUGAAUUUCGCUACCUAUCACUUGGGCACUGCCAUUGGACCAAUCGUCGGUGGAAGUCUAAUUCAGUUCUUUGGCAAAAUGUACAGUAUAUUCACUAUUUCCAUAUGUCUGUGGUCUUUUUAUUUGCUUUACACAAUUUUCGUUCUUCCAGAGACCGUUGAUGUUCGUAAAAAUUCUGAGAAUCACACUCCUUCGGACUCUAGCCUUUGGUCUACCAUCUAUGAAGCGUGUCUUGAACCGCUCAAAGUGGUACUGCCUAGAAAGGUUUGUAUGGAAGAAACGUGCACUGUACAACAAUACGAUUUUUCUGGAGACACUGUCGAAGCAAAGAGGCAUUGGAAUGUUUUUCUUGCUGCCAAUUUGAUCGGUCUUAGUGUCUUCGCGUCUGGAGCAAUGGCUCUUCUUCCAUUAUAUGCAGACGCCUUGCUGCAUUGGAGUGCCAUACGCAUUAGCCUUCUUAUUUCGUCGGAUGCACUUGCCAGCGCGCUAACUUUAGUUGCUGUUUUCCCUCUGCUUUCCAGACUAAUAGGCUUUAUAUUACGAAAACUUCAUGGCUCUUAUGGUUAUUAUAAUUACGUUCAAGAACGCUCAGAAGAACCUUCACCGGUUUCAGGGAUAAAGUACCUGUUUGCGUACAUGACUCGUCCUGGUUACAAGGAUCUUGACACUGGAAAAAACGAAACCGUUGAUAAGAGAUACUCCAUUGUAAAAAGAGAUAUUUGGAGCGCACAACUUGGUUUCAUCUUAGCAAGUAUAUCUGUCCUUGGUCUUGGUAUUUCAAAGUCCACCGCAGCCUUGUUCGGUUUUGUAGUGCUUCAAGCACUUUCGAAUAUGGUCAUCCCCGCAGUUCAGUCUGUCGCUUUAAAUGGUGUCCUCCAUCAAUACAACGGCCGAAUUCUGGCUGCUUUCGCUAUCUUUGAGACGCUUUCGUUCAUCACCAGAGGCCCUGUGUAUGCCUUUCUCUACACUUACACUGUAGAAACAUCCGUGCCAGGCACCAUUUUCUUUGUAAGUUGUGGCAUUUAUUUGGUUUGUUGCGUAAUCGUUUUAUUUAUGCGGUUAUACCGACCUUUGGAAGUCCCUCAAUAAAGUCCCUACCGAGUUAUACUUUACAGCGCCGGGCUUUUCUAUUGAUAAUUUCCAACAUUCCAGCAAACCAAUGGAUGAAAAUGCCCUGCAUUAAGUCUUCAUCUUGAAGUGCAGUGAAUACGAUCUCCACGGCUUUUGAGCUUGACGUGCUGCCAACAAUGGAUUGAAGCAUAUCUGGGACAAGACAUUCUUUUAGCAAGAUUAAUAUCUCUUCCUUCUUGCCAUAUAACGGAACAUAAUUUGUAUUGGGUGACUCCAAUUGAAGAUAAAGGUCAUUCAAUUUUUCCGCAAGGUAUUCUCCAGUAAGAAAUGUGUUACAAAACUGGUUAAUUUUCAACUUGAUUGUAUCCAUACGAGUGGUACUCCGUUGGAGUAUGCUUCGAAUUAGUUGAAGGAUUGAUCGUCUCAAUGUCCAAGACUUGUACGUUAACGCAAAAAAGCCUUCAAGCAAAGAGAAAGCUUGCUCAAUAAUCCACCGCGUGUGUCGAUCACUGAUGUAAUUCUCUGACUUUACUUCUUCUUGUUCUGAGGAGUAACCUGAGCCCUGAAAUGAGCACUCUGUCAGCUUUUCGUCUUCCGUAAUCGGAUAAGCUGAUGGUAUUUCCUCUGUGGCAGACUCAUAAUCACUGAUAUUUUCAUCAUCACUACUUCCAUUUCCGAAUUCGGUGUGGUAAGGGUUCAGCUCACUGCUUCGCUUGCUGACUGGUCCUAAGUUUGUCACGUAAUCAGCUUUCUUGUUCACUUUAUUUGCUCUUAUCCUCAUGUUCUUGGAAAGAAACUGUCUCAUAAAUGAGCAAUCUGCCAAUGCUGCUGACAUUACCAACACCUGCAGAUAGUCUUGUGUUCGAGAACGGAAUUCUUCAAAUGUUGACCCUUUCCAUUUAGGAAAUGUAACGAUGGGCUGUUUUUGUCAACAACUGUUUUCAACAGGUGGAGUCGUUCAAGGCUUUUAUCUCAAUGUACUUUCUUCUGACUGACCAUUCCAAGCCAUAGACGGUCUUGAGCGUUAUGAACAUAUCGGGAGCUCAUCUUUACUCCGAAUAGGGAGCAUUACCGGCUUUGCUUUGACAGUACGCGACGUUUAUCUCACAACUGAGGAGUGAUAGUUCCGGUAUUUUCCUAUGUUUGUGUCUCCUUAAUGAAUGGAACGGUG